CUCUCUCUCUCUCUCUCUCUCUCCCCUCCUUCAACACCACCACCCGUCCGAUCCACCUACACUCUAUACGCAUCGCCUCCGAUCGUAUGUCAUUUCAGACAAAUCUCAACCGCACCCUCCGAUCGUGUCCUCUCCCCAGCUCAACUCCCCCAAACGCCGUUCCUUCGGCCAACCGGUCUGCAUUUCGGACCCGAACGCAACCCGAUUAUGCGUUCGAACCGCUCGAGACGGUAAUUUCACUCGUGUGAAGUGAACCGAUUUUCAAGAUGAACCCGCUCUGCUGCAUUGCCCCGGUCUCCGUCGACCGCGACCGGAUCGACCCCUCCUUAGCAAACUCACAGUCUCAGCGUCAGCUAGGGCUCGAAACCGCCGCCACGAAAGCCGGUCCGAAACCGAGCUUCUCGACGCAGGCGUCGUCGAUCGGCGCCGACUCGGACGGACAGAGCUUGGGGUUGAACCACGAGGUCGAGGAUGUUGUAGUGGUCGAGCCGAGGAGUUCGUCCAAGGUGAGUGGGAGUGUGGCCGGGAUUCUGUUAAAGUGGGUGAACUAUGGUAAGGGGUGGAGGUGCAGGUGGUUUCUGCUCGAAGACGGGGUGCUUUCGUAUUACAAGGUUCACGGGCCGGAUAAGAUCGCGAUGAGUCCGGCGAGGGAGAAGGGAGUGAAGGUUAUCGGGGAGGAGUCUUUGAGGUACUUGAAGAAGUCUAGUGGGAGCAGUUGUAUUAAGCACUGGAAACCGUUUGGGGAGAUACAUUUGAAGGUUUCUUCUAUUCGGGCUAGCAAGUCAGAUGACAAAAGGCUGUCCAUAUUCAGCGGGACAAAAACUCUUCACCUUCGUUGUCUAUCUAGAGAGGAUAGGGCUUCAUGGAUUGAGGCUUUGCUAGCUGCCAAAGAUCAAUUCCCUAGAGUUUUGACAAGCAGUGAUUUUGCAUCUUCUGAAGACAUUGUAGUCUCAACUGAGAAGCUGCGAUUACGAUUAUCGCAAGAAGGCAUUAGUGAAGUGGUCAUAAAAGACUGCGAAUCUAUUAUGCUAUGUGAACUAUCUGAGUUGCAAAAUCAAUUGAAAUCUCUUCAACUUAAACACAUUAUGUUACUGGACACAUUAAGGCAGUUAGAGACAGAGAAAAUUGAGCUGGAAACAACUGUAGUGGAUGAAACAAAGGAACGCAAGUCGUUUUGUGCAGAAGGGAAUAGAAGACUUAGUGAUUUCUAUUCCAUCAUGUCAGAGGGCAGUGCAAGUGACUCUGAUGCGGAUAAUGAAAGUCGAGAUGGAGUGGAUGUUGAAACAGAUGAAGAGGGUGGAAUAUAUUUUGAUACAAAUGAAGUUUUAUCCUCGGAUUCUUUAAGAUGUGCUUCCUACCGGAGCAGAGAGAACAUGGGAAGUAAUUGUAGUUCUUUGAUAUUUGAUAAAGAUUCAUUCUAUUCUGGUCGUUUACGAGAUGUUACAAUGGAGAUAAAGCCCAUCGAAUAUCCAUACGUCAAAAGAAGGGACAGUUUGCCUGAACCAAAGGAGAAAGAGAAGCCACUUGGGUUGUGGUCCAUAAUCAAGGACAAUAUCGGAAAGGAUCUUUCUGGUGUUUGCCUCCCUGUUUACUUUAAUGAGCCACUAUCUUCAUUGCAGAAAUGCUUUGAAGAUCUGGAGUACUCAUACUUGGUUGAUCGGGCAUUGGAAUGGGGAAAGCAGGAGAACGAAUUGAUGAGAAUUUUAAACAUCGCAGCUUUUGCUGUUUCUGGUUAUGCAUCGACAGAAGGUCGCCAGUGCAAACCUUUCAAUCCUCUCCUAGGGGAGACUUAUGAGGCCGACUACCCAGAUAAGGGUUUGCGGUUCUUCUCUGAGAAGGUGAGUCACCACCCAAUGGUCGUUGCUUGUCACUGUGAGGGAAGAGGCUGGAAAUUCUGGGCAGACUCCAACCUCAAAGGGAAGUUCUGGGGGCGCUCCAUUCAGCUUGAUCCUGUAGGGGUCCUCACUCUGCAGUUUGAAGAUGGUGAAACAUUUCAGUGGAGCAAGGUCACUACAUCUAUAUACAAUAUUAUACUUGGAAAAAUAUACUGUGACCACUAUGGCACCAUGCGCAUCAAGGGCAGUGGCAGCUACUCUUGCAAGCUUAAAUUUAAGGAGCAGUCCAUCAUAGACCGAAACCCGCACCAGGUUCAUGGAUUUGUGCAUGAUAAUCAAACUGGGGAGAAGGUAGCAAUGUUGGUCGGAAAGUGGGACGAAGCAAUGUACUAUGUUCUUGGAGAUCCAACAACAAAGCCAAAGGGUUAUGAUCCAAUGACUGAAGCUGUGUUGCUGUGGGAACGAGACAAAUCUGUUACUAAGACAAGAUACAACCUGACACCCUUUGCAAUAUCGUUAAAUGAAUUGACCCAUGGAUUAAUGGAGAAGCUGCCACCAACUGACUCAAGGCUGAGGCCAGAUCAACGGCAUUUAGAGAACGGGGAAUAUGAGAUGGCAAAUACAGAGAAGCUCAGACUUGAACAAUUACAGAGACAGGCAAGGAAGCUGCAGGAAAGAGGCUGGCAACCGAGAUGGUUCCAUAGGGACAAAGAGGACGGCUGUUACCGUUACAAUGGUGGAUACUGGGAAGCUAGAGAGAGAGGGAAAUGGGAGGAGAUUCCUAAUAUAUUUGGCCAAAAUGCUGACCCUUCAUCUUGUGUAAUAGACGAGUAAGCUGCCGUAUCAGCUUUAUCAUUUCCCCCUCCUUUUUUCCUUUAGUUUUUAUUUUCCAGUUUUUUUUGGUGGACUUAAAUUAGGCCCUAUAAACAUGAGUUAGUUAUAAGAAAGCUCUUCUGAUGUGCAA